AGGAGCGCUGACCUUGAGUACUCUGUCUCUCAGGGCCCUUUGUGUUGCGUGACCCAGGAGGGUUUGGUGUCCCUAUCAGAUUCGUUGCCAUUCUUGAGUACGAAGCAGAACAGCAUCCGUUUCCAGACAUCCCCGAGUCAGCACAGAAAUCUAACUUCUGAGGAAGACAGAAUAUGUUCUCCUCAAGAAUAUUUAGAGUACUACAUAUUUCCAGUACUCUUACCUGGAAUGACUGAACUUCUGCAUCAAGCAAAGAAGGAAAAGUGCUUUGAGAGAAAAAGGACCAAAUUUAUUGCCUGUGAUUUCCUAACGGAGUGGUUAUACAACCACAACCCAAGGAGGAAAGAUGAGUCAUUCACAGAGUUCUUUUCCAUCCCUUUUGUUCACGACUGGCUAAAGGACCAUCCCAGGGAACCAUUGCCUCUGUCUUUCUUCCUAUCAGAAGAAGAAGCAAGCGUAAUAAUUCAGGCAUUCUGGAGAGGUUAUCGGGUCCGCUGUGAUAGGGAAGUACAAGAGCUGCGUCAGUGGCAAAAGCAGUUGAGAGAUGAAAAAAUCAUAUUUCAAAGAGUAGAAGAAUUCUGGGCUAGGCAGGAAGCCAAAGCCAUCAUCUGUGCCUUCAACAUUGCAACAUCUGUACCAUAAACUAUGUAGGACAAGCUGCAUUUCCAAGGCAUGUGGCAGACAACCAAAUUAUUGUAGUGGGAGCUGCGAGUCAAAAACAUGGCCUAGUUAACAGCUCUGCUCCGAGACCCUCACCUCACUUGCAAAGAAAUCAAGUGCAGUGUCCACUGGUGUUAAUUGUUGUAGCAUCCUGUGAUUUAGGACAUGCAUGUGGCUGCAGUUUGAAAUAGGAAUUGUUAAAAUCAGUAAUGUGAGUGCACUGCUGAUAACAACCUUAUCUACUCUGGCAGUAGAAAACAUAUGUCCUGUACAGAUAGAAACCAUAUAUCAGAAAUAGGUGAGAUCCCUACACUAUUUGUCAGUUUUAAAUAAUGAGCACUACCAGUAAAUCUUAAACAAACUAUGAGACUGUUCUAAAUAUCACAGUAAGAUGUGGGGAUGAUUAUCUGUGUUACAGAAUGGACAUUUGGACUGUUCAUUUCACAUCCUGAAAAGUGAUUGCAGAAAAGCACCUGAAAAGUUCUCUCCUUUUCCUUGUUUGGGUUUUUGUUUUUUAUAAACUUACAUGGCCAUAAUGCCUAAGGGCCUCAGCUGCUCUGUGCCUUAGGACUUGAAGCAGGUGUUGAUGUUUUAGAACAAAAUAAAAUACUGUGAUAAUACCUUAUGUUUCGCUUCUAUUUAAAUCUCACUUACACUUCCUAUGAAUGUAUAAUUCGUGAUUAGGCAUUCCCUGUAGAAUUUUUUUACGCAUUCUGUUACCCGAACAACUUGGGAGUUAAGGGGUUUGUCCUUUUUCUGGGAGCUGAGUCCAACCUCCCGUCAAAAGGUUCUCUUGACACUACCCCAACUGGCAGCAGUGUGUUGUCGCAGUCGCCCCAGCCUACCUGGCAUCCUCAGGCAGCUCGUUCUGCCCAGUUAUGUCCAUAUGCCUUUCCCCAGCAUGUAGGAAAUCUCUCUAGAAGGGCUGGCCUCCGCUGCAGCAGAAUCGCAUUUGUGCAACGGUGGUAAUCUGUUAGCAUAAGGAGGGAGAGGGAUAAAAUAGGAACAGUGCUGUUCAGCUUUAACAUUUUUAAGGCUAUUGAAAAUGGAAAUGGGUCUUCCUCUUGCUCCUAUUGAAAGAAUGGCAGGACUCAUAAGACUUCAGAGGUUAAAAUUCAGCAUGUAAGGAGCAAUGGUGGUAAGUUUGUUCUUCCUAUCAGCAUUUAUACUAUUCACUGCUUUUAGAUAGGUGUUGCCUGAAAAAAUGUGUUGGAUUAUCAGCUCAUGUAAAUAGUUCUAAGCUCCGUGGGAGUUAUGCUAACCUGCCAACGAAUCAUCUUCCUUAGGCCUUUAAAAAUAUUAAAGCAAGUUAGUUUGAGGUGUCACAGCCUGAAGCAUAUUUCCAAUGGAAAUUUCUAGUGAAAAGACUUAGGCAGGCAGACUUUGUUCCCCAUCCUUCCAGCCUAUCAGAAUCCUAAGGACAUCUUACUUUUCUGUCAGCAUAGGAAGCAAGUAUAUGUCAAAAGCUAUUUAAAUAACUCUCUGAAAUCCAAAUUCAUGGUGACAACCUGUGCUCCCUGGUUAACAUGAUGUGAUUCAAAAUUGUUAUGCUUAAGUAACACAGGUUAUGAUAAGAAAUGGAAGCUCCUAACUAAAACCUAGAAGCUACCUUUUAAAAGACGGGCUUGUCCUAAUGUUGGACAGCAUGUGUGAGCCCUGGGCUUUUGGAACUUCUUGCAUUUUUUAUGAAAUAUUUACAAAGAACAGCCUCAUUACAUCAAGAAAUAUCAAAUAAUCAGAUAUCUGGCCACCGUGCUCAUAUCUGGGGUUUCCUAGGCAUUGACUGUGCUUCUUCAUCAUCAUAUAUCACCUUUCCUUUAUGUUUUCUACUAGCAAAGAUCUUCCAUGUUGGCAGCACUUUGAGCACCUUAAAUGAGCCCAACAGAGUGCUGCAGCCCAAUAUUCUGGGAAUAUACCAAAGUUUUGGUUUGCUGGUUUACAGCUUCAUACUUCAGAAAGGUAACUAGGCACUCCUGAAACUGUGUGUGAAAGUCAGGAUUUUUUUGGCUUGCAUGUCCUUCUUUGGCUUCAACGUAACUAUUUAUGAAUCUUCCCAACUAAUGUGCUUAAUGUGAAAAGCACACAGUAUAGACAAUCCAUCUUGUAAGUAAAUAGAUUUUUAUCUUUAUAAUUUAAAGUUUGUAAUGUAAAAUAUUUGUAAAAUAUUAAAAUAUUAAGAAUAAAAUAUGACAGCUGGAAUCACAGUAUACUGAGAAACCACUCUUUUAUCAAGAGAAGGCAAACAUUAUGUUAAUCUGUAUUACAGCAUUCUGAACGAAUACAGAGCUUUGAAAACAGCUUUCAUUAGGAGUUGGGAAAUUUCACUUUUAUGUAGAGCUUUUGUUCAUUUAGAACUGUUUACUCCAGCAAGCAACCCUGUGCUCUUUGUUUGACUCAUUUUUCCCAUUUGGCAGACCCUUUGCAAUCACAUGGAUAACAUUCUUCUUUCCACUGAGACAUAGAAAAACUAUUCAUUACUGACCCUGCUUGUUGUUCCUAAUGACAAAAAUAUAUUUAUGCACUAGGUGAAUUGUAUGACUCAUCACUGACUUUUAAUUGAAAAUUCUUCAAAGCAAGAAACUCAAAGAGCUGCUUUCAUUUUUAACAAUCCAGUGACUUCUGACACCCUCUGCCCUCAGCUACGCAUGCCCCAUUCCCACAGACAGCACUGAGAACUGUGUGCAAGUAUCUGAGUGCUGAAGCUUUGUUAGAACAAAAAAUGACAUACACAGAAAAAAAAUAUACCUUUUUGGCUUGAUGGAGGAUUUUUGCUUUUGUGUUGAGUAGAAGAGCAUCUGCUGUGGAAGCGUGGAUGUCUACAUUCUGAUUUAUGUGCAUGUUUUGGAAAGCUGAGUAUUUAAUGUUUUAUUAAAGUGGGUAGCAAACUGGAAGCCUCAGAACAUACACAAAGUGAUUCAGCAUUUCAAUUAUGUUUUUUUCACCACACUCACAAAACACGGAGCUCAUGAACUAACUUGUGCAGUACUGAUUUAGAAAGGUUAGCGUGACAGUUUUACUUUGACGUGUGAGGUGUUAUAAAUCAAAGAGAGGUUACAUCAGGAGCAAAUUCUGUCCCAAUGUAAGUGACCACAGUUUUGUUCAAGCAGAUGGGAUUUGCAAAUUUAGCUAAAACGUUUUUGUCCACAUUUGUGUUCCUGAAUGGUUACAUAAAAAGCUCUUCUGAUAGGCAAAAAACUAUGGAUAAAAUAAAUUGCAUCUUCAGUAAGAACUGGAGUAAUUCUGACUUCUGCAGGGCUGCGACAAUUUGUGCAAAUUCAUGCUCUGUUCAUAAUGGUCUCAUUUUCAGAAACACUGUGAAGGCAAGGAAAGCUAGGGUUGCUCUGCGUUUCUGCAGGGGAAAAGUCAGCGGACCUUUUGUUGUCACUUAGCAUAUGUGCUGAGAAAGUGUAAAAUUCAGAUCACAGUGAUGGCAUUUUCA